AUGGUGGGAGCGGAAGCAUCAGCAGCAGCACCGGUGGCGAGAGGAGGGACCACCGGCAGUCAUGUAUUCCCGGCGACGCCAGCCGUCGGGACGGUCGGGGCGGAGGAAAUCGCGGCUAGAGCGGGUUUCCCCGCGGCGGCGGAGGGGGAAACGGCCGGGCAGCAGGCACUCGUGGCGGGAGCGGCAGCAUCGGCAGCAGCACCGGUGGCGAGAGGAGGGACCACCGGCAGUCAUGUAUUCCCGGCGACGCCAGCCGUCGGGACGGUCGGGGCGGAGGAAAUCGCGGCUAGAGCGGGUUUCCCCGCGGCGGCGGAGGGGGAAACGGCCGGGCAGCAGGCACUCGUGGCGGGAGCGGCAGCAUCGGCAGCAGCACCGGCGGCGAGAGGGGGACCAACAGCAGUCAUAUGUUCCUGGCGACGCCGGCCGUCGGGACGACCGGGGAGCAGGCACUCGCGGCUAGAGCGGAACCAUACGGCCGAGCCGCAGGCACUCAUGGCGGGAGCGGAAGCAUCAGCAGCAGCACCGGUGGCGAGAGUGUGGACCCCUGGCAGUCACGUGUUCCCCGCGACGCCGGCUGUCGGGACCGCCGGGGUGCAGGCACUUGCGGCUAGAGCGGUACUAUCGGCAGCAGCACCGGCGGCGAGGCAAAGGGCCGGGCCGCAGGCAAUCGUGACGGGAGCGACAUCAUCGGCAGCAGCACCGGCGGCGAGAGGGGGACCAACAUCAGUCAUAUGUUUCUGGCGACGCCGGCCGUCGGGACGACCGGGCUGCAGGCACUCGCGGCUAGAGCGGAACCAUACGGCCGAGCCGCAGGCACUCAUGGCGGGAGCGGAAGCAUCAGCAGCAGCACCGGUGGCGAGAGUGUGGACCCCUGGCAGUCACGUGUUCCCCGCGACGCCGGCUGUCGGGACCGCCGGGGUGCAGGCACUUGCGGCUAGAGCGGUACUAUCGGCAGCAGCACCGGCGGCGAGGCAAAGGGCCGGACCGCAGGCACUCGUGGCGGGAGCGGCAGCAUCGGCAGCAGCACUGGUGGCGAGAGGAGGGACCACCGACAGUCAAGUGUUCCCCGCGACGCCGGCCGUCGGGACGGUCGAGGGUUUCCCCGCGGCGGCGGCGGGGGAAACGGCCGGGCAGCAGGCACUCGUGGCGGGAGCGGCAGCAUCGCGAGCAGCAGCCGCGGCGAGAGGGGGACCACCGUCAGUCAUAUGUUCCCGGCGACGCCGGCCGUCGGGACGGCCGGGGUGCAGGUACUCGCACCCAAAGCGGUACCAUAAGGCCGGGCCGCAGGCAGUCGUGGCGGGAGCGGAAGCAUCGGCAGCAGCACCGGUGGCGAGAGUGUGGACCCCUGGCAGUCAUGUGUUCCCCGCGACGCCGGCUGCCGGGACCGCCGGGGUGCAGGCCCUUGCGGCUAGAGCGGUACCAUCGGCAGCAGUAUCAGGGACGAGAGUGGUGAGCCCCAGGGCGAGGGGCGAGGGCGCGAGGGCGAGUGCCAGAUGCGGCGUAACCUCUUCUAGAAGAUGAGAAGAUCGCCUUUCCGCAGGUUCUUUUGGAGUCUGGGAACCGUUCUUGGUUCCUCGGGAACGAUUCGAACUUCUUUUUCUCCGCCCGCGGCUGUUCUUGCUCUGUUUUUUUUUUUUUCUUAAUAUGACACAACGACUCCAUCUCUAUCAUAGAAAAGAGUCAGAGACAGAUUAACAAUGGAAUCAUAGAGUCAGAGAAAACUACUUGUGUGUCUACGAUUUCCCAGACAGCAUAUAGGGACAUCUCCCCUGUGGGUAACAGGCUCAAUAAAUCAGUUUGGUAGCUGUCUUGUGUGUCUCAUAUAUGUUAUGUUGGGAAGGUGAGGACGAAAGGUGUUGGGUACUGUUGGGUAGUCGGGCGUUUUGUGUGUCGCACCCUAUUAGUUGUAGGACAUGCAAUCUCCAUCAGUUUACAAACAUAUUCUCAGUUUGGUAUGCAUAUGUGCGGAGUAUGUGCGGCUGAUGUGCCGUCUCUAU